AAAUAGAAAACCCCACAAAAAAUGUAAAUGAGGAAAAACCCAAACCCAAAGGUGCUCUGCUCUGUGCCUAUCAUUGCGUAGAGACUAGAAACAGAGAAAAUGAAUAGCAAUAGCAAUGAGAUAGUGAAGCUGAGCUCUUCAAGCUCCGAAUUGGAAUUGGACUUGGAUCGACCCAACCUCGAAGACUAUCUCCCUUCCGGAUCCUCCAUCCAAGAGCCCCGCGGCAAGCUCCGACUCCGUGAUUUGCUUGACAUUUCUCCUACCUUAACUGAGGCUGCUGGUGCCAUUAUCGAUGACUCAUUUACACGAUGCUUCAAGUCGAAUUCUCCGGAACCGUGGAAUUGGAAUGUGUAUUUGUUUCCGUUAUGGUGUUGUGGGGUUGUAAUUCGAUAUUUCAUUCUAUUCCCUGUGAGGGUUCUAAUAUUGACAAUUGGAUGGAUAAUAUUCCUUUCAUCUUAUAUUCCUGUACACUUCCUGCUAAAAGGGCAUGACAAGUUGAGAAAAAAGAUUGAGAGGUCUUUGGUGGAGUUAAUUUGCAGUUUCUUUGUUGCAUCAUGGACUGGGGUUGUAAAAUACCAUGGGCCACAGCCUAGCAUGCGGCCUAAGCAGGUUUUUGUGGCCAAUCACACCUCCAUGAUUGAUUUCAUCAUCCUAGAACAGAUGACUGCAUUUGCUGUUAUUAUGCAGAAGCAUCCUGGAUGGGUUGGACUCUUGCAAAGCACCAUAUUAGAGAGCGUAGGAUGUAUCGAGUUCAAUCGUUCUGAGGCAAAGGAUCGUGAAAUUGUAGCAAAGAAGUUGAGAGAUCACGUUCAAGGCGCUGAAAAUAACCCUCUUCUCAUAUUUCCGGAGGGAACUUGUGUAAAUAAUCACUACACUGUUAUGUUCAAGAAGGGUGCAUUUGAACUUGGCUGCACUGUUUGCCCAGUUGCUAUUAAGUACAACAAAAUAUUCGUUGAUGCUUUUUGGAACAGCAGGAAGCAAUCCUUCACAAUGCAUCUGCUGCAGCUUAUGACAUCCUGGGCUGUUGUGUGUGAUGUUUGGUACUUGGAGCCACAAAAUAUAAAACCUGGAGAGACAGCCAUAGAGUUUGCAGAGAGGGUAAGGGACAUAAUAUCUGUUAGAGCAGGUCUCAAAAAGGUUCCUUGGGAUGGAUAUCUAAAGUACUCUCGCCCUAGUCCAAAACAUAGAGAACAGAAGCAACAAAGCUUUUCCGAGUCCAUGCUGCGACGCUUGGAGGAGAAGUAAUACACGUAUAUAUUUUGUUUAAUUUUUUACUUGUACCCUUUUUGAGAUAUAGAGUCACUAUUUUUGUGUUGUUUUCGAUAAACUAGUUGGAUACCCAUAUAUGAGGGAUUUUAGACUGACUGUGUGCAAAAUGUGCGGGGAUUUUAGAGUUUAGAUUGAUCGUGCAAAAUAAUAUUUAGUUUUUCAACUUUGCUAAAAAUGUUGUAAUUGAGUUCUGGUAAGAAGCUUUAACAAUUCUAUUCUACCUGGCCUGGAAAAAUUCUUAUUUUGCAUAAUAGUUUUGCAAUGGAAUUGUAAUUUUCUUCA